AUGGCUCUCUGGACGCCGUACGUUCAAGAAACCGCUUUAGACUUGAGUCGCGCACCCGUUAUCAAGGCGGAACCGGCGUCGCCGGUCCUGGAAAAAGUGCCCGUGACUAACACUUCGCCGGUCUACAACGAGUACGUGUAUCAUCAGUUCCCGGUCUCACCGCAGCCGCUGCCAGUGACAGUGAAUUCCAUUCCAUACUACGCUAACUAUCCGGAGCCGCCGGCAGCGUACAGUGUCCCAUCAGCUCAGAUUUCACCGGAAUCCGUCGGUACUCCUUGGUCUCCUCAAGCGUACCGCCAGAAGUCUAUAAGUUCAGGGCCAUCGCCGCCUCAGUCGCCUGAGCUGUACGAUCUCGAAUCUUUGGAUGACGACGCAGAGUAUCAGGCUUUCGAGAGGGACGCCUUACGCGCUAUGGCUGAGAAGAAUGGAGGUUCACUUCUCGGUAACAAUCCUCGCAUGCGCAGGGUUGUGCAGACAAAUCAAACGGCUGACGACUCGUACAGAAAGCAGCGCGAAAGGAACAACUAUGCCGCGAAACAGAGCAGGGACAGAAGGAAGCUGAGGGAAGUUCGCUUGGCUUUUCAAGUAACUUUCUUGAAGAAGAAAAUGGCGGAUUUGAGAGCGCGUCUGGCCGCCGGGGUUUGUGGUCGCUGUCAAUAA